GCAAAAGAAGCUGCAAAGUUUGGGAUUAAAUUAGAAGAAACCAUGAUAGAUAAAAAAUUUAGAGAAUCUUUUCGAAAUGUUUAUAAAAUAUAUCGUAAUUAUGGCUAUGAUAAUGGAUUAAGUUCAAAAGAAUGGUGGUCCAAGGUGAUUGAAACUACAUUUCUUGAAACUGGAAUUGAUAAAAAAGAUUUAUUACCUAUAUUACCAAUAUUAUCCACAAAUAUAUAUAAUAAAUUUACAACCUCUGAAGCAUAUGAAUUAUAUGACGAAACUGAAUAUGUGUUAAACGAAUUACAUAAUAUCAGAAAAAUUAAAUUGGGAAUCAUAAGCAAUUUAGAUGAAAGAUUAGAGAGAAUACUUUCUUCAUUGAAAAUUCAUCAGUAUUUUGAUUUCAUCUUAUUGAGUGGUAUAUUCGGUGUUGAAAAACCAGAUGUUAAAAUAUUUGAGAAAGCCUUAGAAUUAGGUGGAAUUAAAGAAGGGAAUGUUAAACAAGUAUUACAUAUUGGUGAUGAUGAAGUUAGGUUGGGAUUAUCAAGGAGCAAAGAAUAUUGGUAUAAAUGCAUUAUGGCUAAAAAGAACUGA